AUGGCUAAAAUAAUAGUCUAUAAUAAAACUCCAAAUAUUUAUUCACAUCUUUUACUUUUUUUAGCGAUUAUCUACUCCGGUCGUUGCAACCCGCUCGGCCAGACGGCAUAUUGCGAAAAUCAAGGUGUAGCUCCUGCUUAUUUAGCUCCAAGCACGACCGCCGUCUGCGAAAAUGCCCCCAAUUUCCCUUAUUAUGGUCUUAAUAGCCUACCCUUACAUUUACCAUAUGGACCUCUCCUACCAAAUCUAGGAUCUGCCACCGUCUGUGAAAGUCAACCUAAUUUGGGGCAGCUCCUACUUGACCCAUUGUUGGGGUCGUACGGAUCUUGCCUCUCAAGACCUUUACCAGGUUUAGGACAAACAACUGUAUGCGAAAGCUCACCUAAUUUGGGGCUUCCCCUACUUGAUCCAUUGCUGGGGUCUUACGGGUGCUACCGCUCAAGACCUUUACCAGGUUUCGCACAAACAAAUGUAUGCGAAAGCACACCAAAUUUGGGGCUUCCCCUACUCGACCCACUAUUUAGUUCAUAUCCAUAUCUAUCAAGACCUUGCUCAGGAUUGGGCUCGACAACAGUUUGUGACACGGCCAAUUUAGGUCUUGGGGCAUAUGGACUCCCUCGUGGUCCACUGCCUAUUACAGUUCCAGGGUUCUAC